GCCAAUCAGCAGCCGAGAACCGCGGUUGUGGACCAAUAGACGCGCAAGCCGCGCGGGUGGCUGGGGUUUCCUGCUCGCGCUCUAGUUGCUGUCUUUUUAUUUUAAUUUGAGCAAAAUUGGCCGAAAUGGGCUCACUGGAUGGGCUAGGAAGUCCGCUUUUUUCGUUGGCAUGAUCAAAAUGGUUGUUUUCACCCCCGGGGGAGCGUUAUACAGGUUUCCGAGGUCUGUACGUCUGUCAUAAUGAUAGGAGUGAAGGAGGCCUGGGUAUUGUUUUGUACUGAAUGGACACAGAAUAUAGUUUAACCUGAAGCGCGAUGCGACUUUCAUGCCAGUUCUUUCCUGUAACGUCCACGUUGUAGAAAAUAAAGUGUUUAAUUUGUGCUUUGACAUGCAGUACGGGGGGGGAAAUACAGUGCACUUGCAUUUGUAAAGCACAACGUUUUUAAUCUCAGAAAAGAAAGCAACAGCAACAUCGUUCUGAAGUUACACUGGCAGAGUGUAUUUUGCUUCUAAGCUUAGUCAAUGUAGUAUCUGUUUGAUUGUGUUUUGCAUUGGAGGGCUCCCAGCAUGUGCCACCGCAGUUAGAUGAUUUAGACCCUCUGCAGACCCCGGAGUGUUUUUAUUUGUCCUUUCCAAGUAUUCGGUGGGAAAAAAUGACUUCAGCGUCGACCAAGGUGGGGGAGAUCUUCUCCGCAGCAGGUGCUGCCUUCACCAAACUGGGGGAGUUGACUAUGCAGCUGCACCCGGUGGCUGACUCCAGUCCGGCUGGAGCCAAGUGGACGGACACGGAGAUUGACAUGCUGCGUGCAGCCGUGCGGCGGUUUGGGGACGACUUGAACAAAAUCAGCUCUGUCAUCAAGGACCGCACUGUCAGUGCUCAAAUCAAGACGACCGUAAAGAGGAAGCUGUACGAGGACAGCGGGGUUCCCCUCUCCUCUGAAUCUCCCAAGAAGACGCCCAAGAAAACCCAGGUCUCCGUGGCGACGACCCCAGCUGUCAUCACUGUGCCAACCUCGCAGGUUGUCGUGACGACAGCCCUGCAGGACCCCUCUCCCGCGCCCUCAGCCAUCAAGAAGCAGAAGACGGCAGAUGUCACUCUGAGUGCACUGAAUGACUCAGAUGUGAACAGUGACCUUGUGGACAUUGAGGGACUGGAAACGGGCUCCACCACUAAGAAGCUCAACUUUGACCAGGAGAGCCUCAAUUUGGACUCCAGUUUGAUUAUGAACUCCAGCGACCUGCCCCUCCUCUCGCGCUGAUGCCCUUCCCCCACGAGGCCGGCCAGUCCUCACCCAGGCAGGAAAUGACACGCUGUAAGACGUCAAAACAUCAGGCAUGGAAAAGGACAGCACCGAGGCAAUGGGGACAAGUCACAUUAGCUGUUUAAAAGGAUCACUUUCUCAAAUCUCAAAAAGUGGGGAAAAAUACAGAACAGUUACUACCUGCAUACCAAGCUUCCUUGCAAUGUUUGUCAUUUAUCAUGGAAUCAUUAUAGUUGGGGUGGGGGGGGGUGGGGACAAAUAUCAUGAUGAAAACUUUGAAAAGCUCCUGGUUUUGUUUUUUUCGGCAUCCUGUACUUGACUGAAAGGUGGAGAGACAAGACAGCUGCAGGUGGAGGGGAGAGGUGUUGGUGAAACCAUCCCAAGCUGUCCUACUUCAUUCAGAGUGGCCGAGAUCAUUGCUUUGUCUUACGUUUUGGACUAUCUUGUGCACUCUGGAGGAAAAAAAUGCUAUUAAAUAGCAUUUUUUUUUUAGAAAAAAAGAGACAAGGUCGGACGGUGACUCUUCAUUGCCGAAAGGAUUCAUCUUCAGAUGCAGUUCCAGGGAUGGCUCACCCAUCUGGGUGCAUCGGACUCCAGCAGGGUUUAUGUGUGUUUUUUGAGGAUCAGUGACUUCAGAAUGGAAGAGCUCAAUUGGAGUGAAAACCUGAAUAUUCUACAUCUUUCCCUGACCGGACAGAAGCACUCCUAACUUACCUGAGCCAGUCUCAUGACAAAGGGUUCAAAAACCUCCUGUGUUUUUCCUCUGUUAGCAGACUAAUUCUCAACUAUUUCUGCUCAAAUUAAAAAAAAAAAAAGACACUAGGCUAGGUGAGUUUUAGUUGAAAUGCAACUCCCUGCUUCUGUGAGCUUACAGUGAUAGAGACUGCUCACAUAAAGCACUGUGGAGAUGGAAUUUGAGUGUCAAAUAGACAAGGGGCAGACAGGUGUCGUGAUGAUCAAAACCGGGUGGAUAUAACAUACCAUUUAAAAUAAAAUUGGCCCUCCUACAUCUAAUGUUUCUAAAGACUCAAAGAACCCUGCUGGACUAUGUUUCUUAGGGAUUGUGUUUACCACACAUGGUGUAUAGGGUCCAAGUGUAAUAUUACUAGUUUUUUAGUCUAUCUCAAUUCAAUUUUUAUUUUUUUUUAAUAUGCUUUUUAGAUAUUUGUCACGACUGCAGAUAUUACCUGGUCCUAAGCGAUGAGUUGGGUUUCGGGAGCAAGUGGAAUUAUUAAAGGAUAUUUUUCUAUCAUGUCAGAUAGACAUUUCUGGGUCUACUGAAUAAAACAUUGUGCUUAAAAUUUUACAAAGUGAAUUAUUUUUCUCUAUACAAAUUUACAUUUCCUGCUGUCCUGUACACUGGCUUCUAAAGUCUUUUCAGUAGAAGACUGACUUGUUGGAAAUAUUCACUUCUGAUGAAUAUAGGGGAUUAUUUCUCUCCGCUGAAUAUGUAGCUAGAUUUGUUUUAUUGUUGAAUUUAGUGUAUUUACAACAGGAAAAAUAAUUUAAAGCAUGCAGUGUUCUUGGGUUUUAUUGUUUCAGGUCAGUAAUUGAGAAAUGAAAGGGCGUUUGGUUCUUCUUGCAGCUUUCAAGAGUGUGCAUAAUACUAUCCUACUUCUGAAAUGGCAUGUAGUGGCAGUUUGACUUAUUUUCUAUUUUAUGGGUACAGAUUUGCUGUGAAUACUUGUUGCACAGCAUAUAUUCUUGAUUACUUGCACCUCUGUUGAGGUUGCGUCUGUAGUUUUGUUUUUAGGCCAAUAAUAGAGAAACAAAGCCAAUAUAAGCAACAUUAAAGUUGCAGAAAAUCCCCAGGCAAUGCCAGACACCACUCUUCAAAUGCGCUUUGUCAAGUAAUAAAAAUCAUGGAACACAACAACCCAAUCAGUUCUGUUAAUUCCAGUCUCCUUGUCCCGUGUGGAAACUGCUGCUUGAUCAUUAUUCUAAGAUGGGUAACCUUGGUUCUUCUGGGCCAUGCCAAGGCUCAGAUGUAAAUGUUGCUGUAAUUCUCAUAAUUGGCCUAGCAGCAGUUGGUCCUUUUUAAUAAUUAGGGUUGGACUGAAGCAUGACAAUGGAAUACAGUUGAUAUCCACACUGAUUACCUACCUGUCACCAAAAAGGACAAUUGCUUCAUAUUUCCUUAACUGUACCUUGAGUGGUCAAAGGUUAAGUGUGGAAUACAGCAUUGCUGUACUUUCUGGUGAAUACACCAAGUUUGUGGAAACUUGUGUUUGUAAACUUUACCCUGUUGUGUGAUGAUGGCUUUUUUUUUUUCCUUUGCAAUUUUUCUCCUUUAUUAAGUUGAUAUAAAUUGUUUUGGUGUAACUUGUAGAUAGUUUGAUAGUGAUCAACACAUAUGCAUUUGUACAACCGUGUAAUUAAAACCAAGUUUUUAAAAGCAGUGCAAUGUAAUAAUGUAGUAAAUGUAAUUUUAAACAAUCCAA